AGUGUGAACAGCAGGAGUGUCCGGGGGGAGAGCACAGCUCUCUCUCUCUCUCUCUCUCUGGCGAGUUCACUUGCAGCACCUUGUUACUUGAAUCUAGGUGACCUGAGAGAUCUCUCCUUCCCCUCCCUGAGGGUCAGCCCCUCGGGACUGUUCCAGUGGGUCACUUCACCUUGUGAUCUCCUGGAGGUGUUCCUGUGUCAGAGAGAGAGAGAGAGAACUUUCCCUGGCCGCUGUGUGAGGAAGUAACCGGUGAAUGUCCCUGGAUUUAAAGACAACACUGUACUCGCCUGGGCAAAGUUACAAGUAUCCUCUUGGCAAUAUGGAUCUGACAGUGAAGGCUGAACAGCAGUGAGGAUCUCGCGGUGAUCAGGAUCAAGGACUCGGUGGAUCCGCAUCUUCGGAGAUCCUUGAAAAGAGGCAGAUUUAGGACUGUCGGAGGUUGUGUCUUGUGGAAAGCAGAAUUGGCUGUGACCACUCAGAAUGACACGUUUACUAGCCCUGUUGCUGUUCGCAGGGAGCUGCUUUGCUCAGGAUCUCCCAUCCUUACCUCAUGGAUGUACAGAGGGAAGCUGUUACCCAGCAACCGGUAACCUCCUGAUUGGACGAGCUCACAACCUGACUGCCUCAUCUACCUGUGGGAUGGAGGGGCCGAGUGACUACUGUAUUGUCAGCCACCUCCAGGAGGUGGAGAAAUGUUUCCAGUGUGAUUCUAGAAGGUCAUACGACGCUGUGACAAACAGGAAUAGUCACCGGAUAAGGAAUGUGAUCUAUCUGACUGAUCAGAGGGAGGAGAAGACCUGGUGGCAAUCUGAAAAUGGGGAAGAAAAGGUCAAUAUCCAGCUAGACCUCGAAGCUGAAUUCCACUUCACGCACCUCAUCAUGAAAUUCAAGACAUUUCGCCCAGCUGCCAUGUACAUUGAGAGAUCUUCAGACUUCGGCCGGACGUGGAAAGUGUAUCGUUACUUUGCUUUCAACUGUACAGUUUCCUUCCCUCAUAUCCCCACGGGCCUCCUAAGGAGGAUCGAUGAUGUUAUUUGUGAGCAUCGUUAUUCAGAUAUUGAACCAUCCACAGACGGUGAGGUUAUUUACAAAGUGCUCGAUCCUGCCAUCAAAGUGGCUGAUCCCUACAGCCUGGAGAUUCAAGAUCUCCUGAGAAUUACUAACUUGAAAAUACACUUCACCAAGCUACACACUCUUGGAGACAACCUGCUGGACAGGCGGAUGGAGGUUCUGCAGAAAUAUUAUUAUGCUUUGUUUGAGUUGGUGGUCCGUGGCAGCUGCUUCUGCUAUGGCCAUGCUUCAGAGUGCUCUCCCGUGGCUGGGGUUCAAGCAGGAGUGCCUGGAAUGAUUCAUGGGAGGUGUACCUGUAAGCACAACACCAAAGGGUUAAACUGCGAGCAGUGCAAGAACUUCUACCAUGAGUUGCCAUGGAGACCAGCGGAGGUGGAUAACCCACACGCUUGCAAAGAGUGUAACUGCAACAAGCAUGCGACCAGCUGCCACUUUGACAUGGCUGUGUACAUCGCAACAGGAAACCUGAGUGGGGGUGUGUGUGAAAACUGUCAACACAACACGAUGGGCAGGAACUGUGAGCUCUGCAAGCCCUUUUAUUAUCGAAAUCCCACAGCAGACAUCCGCUCUGAGGACGCCUGUAUCCCAUGUGACUGUGAUCCUGUCGGUUCCCUGGAGGGUGGGAUCUGUGACAGUGACACAGACCUGGACUUUGCCAUCAUUGGGGGUCAGUGUCGCUGCAAGGAGAAUGUGAGAGGUACUCGAUGUGACCGCUGCAAGGAGGGAUUCUAUGGCCUGAGCAUGGACAAUCCACACGGCUGUCAGGCGUGUAGGUGUGACCCUCGGGGCGUUAUCUUGAGUACGGCUCCAUGUGAUGCGAUCAGUGGAGAUUGUUUCUGCAAACGCUACGUGACAGGACGUUACUGUGACCUCUGUCUGCCAGAAUAUUGGGGACUCAGUAACGACAUGGCGGGUUGUCGACAGUGUGACUGUGACUUUGGAGGCGCCUACAAUAACAGAUGUUCGAUGGAGAGCGGGCAGUGUGACUGCCGACCCAAUAUUAUUAGCAGACGCUGCCAGGACGUUGAGCCAGGAUUCUUCUGUAUGCCUCUGGAUUUCUACACCUAUGAAGCAGAGAAAGCCGAACCACGGGCACCAACAGACCAGCUGCCAGGGGCAAUCAAACAUCAGGUCAAUGGCAACUGCAUAGAUUUCACCCUCCAGCACGGGCUCGACAUCCAGGAGAUUGUCAGGCGGAGGAGGCAACAUCGCCAGGCGUCCCGUGUCUGGGCCUCGAGACAUCGCCACCGAAGAAUCCGUCAACGGAAGGUGUAUGUGGAAAUUGUUAACCGGAAACGGCCACGUGACCAGAUGAUCACCUGGAGUGGUCCAGGUUUUGCACGAGUCCAGGAUGGAGCAGGGUUGCUGUUUCAUGUCAGUAACAUCCCGUACGCCAUGGAUUACAAUGUGAUGGUGCGCUAUGAGCCUGAGUCAGCAGAAGAUUGGGAGGCAAUAAUCAGUAUUCACACCGUGGGUUUACCCAUCAGUCAUCGCUGUGGCAAUCUCCUACCUCAUGGCCAGCCUUACAGAGUGGCAUUACGUCAUACAGAAAGGUAUGUUAUGGUUUCAACUGCCUUUUGCUUUGAGCCUAACAUCCAUUAUGAGAUCAGCAUCAGGUACCAGCGGCUCCGAGCUCCCCAGUGGAACACAAACAGUUACCUCUUGGUGGAUUCUUUGGUUCUAUUGCCCAAGUAUUCCGAGCUACCAGGCUUCGCUGGCAGGGAUCCGGUUGCAGUACAUCACCGUGAGGAAAUGGUUCGGUACAUGUGCCUGGACUCCUUUAUGAUGGCCAGCAUGCCCAUGUUGGCUGAGAUGUGUGUCAGGCUGAUUUGCAGCAUCUCCGCUAUCAUGCACGAUGGCGCUCUGCCUUGUCAGUGUGAUCCACAGGGAUCCAUCAGUUCUGUCUGUGAGAAGAUGGGAGGACAGUGUGAAUGCAGGAACAACGUGAUAGGUCGACAAUGUGACCAGUGUGCUCCCGGACACUAUGGCUUUGGACCCUAUGGCUGUUCUCCAUGUGACUGCAACCCUGAAGGCUCAGUGCACGGCAUGUGUGACCAAAUGACUGGUCAGUGUCACUGCCGGGCAGGGGCAAGGGGUCGCCAGUGUGACCAGUGUUACCCACAACUCUGGGGCUUUCCAACCUGCCAACCCUGCCACUGCAAUGGGCACUCGGAGGACUGUGACUCCCAAACUGGGGCAUGCCUGAACUGUCGGGAUAACACAUCUGGACAUCAUUGCCAAAGAUGUUCUGAGGGUUACUACGGAAACCCGGUUCUGGGCUUUGGAGAGCAGUGCAGACCCUGCCCGUGUCCCCAUUACCCAGGGAGUGACCAUUACCAUGGAUUGUCCUGUCACGCAGACCUUGUUUCUGAUCAGAUUGUUUGUUACUGUCAAACAGGGUACACAGGGUCUCGCUGUGAUGUGUGUGCGCCUGGUUACUAUGGUAACCCUGAGGUACCAGGAGGGAAAUGCUGGCCGUGUCAGUGUAACAAUAACAUCGACCUGACUGAUCCUGGGGCGUGCCACCCGGACACAGGGGAGUGCUUGAAGUGUCUCUAUAACACUGACGGCCCUCACUGUGAGGCCUGUAAGGCGGGUUACUAUGGCAAUGCCCUCCAGCAUGACUGCAGGGGGUGUACCUGCAACUUUCUGGGCACGCUGGAGUCUGAGUGUAAUUCCAGGGAGUACUGCCACUGUGAUCGCACAACUGGGCAUUGUCCUUGCAGGGAGAACGUCGUUGGAAAGAACUGUGACAAGUGCAGACAGAAUUACUGGAACUUUGGCAGUUUGCAAGGAUGUGAGCCGUGUAGGUGCCAACCCGAACACUCUCAAAAUCCACACUGCAACAUGUUCACAGGUCAGUGUGAGUGCCGCCCAGGACUGGGAGGUCAGACCUGCUCAGAGUGCCAGGAAGGAUACUGGGGCAAUCCUGCUCUCGACUGUCGGGCAUGUGACUGUGAUCCGGACGGUUCCGAGAUACAACAAUGUGAUCGGUCUACUGGCCGCUGCCUCUGUAAGGAAGGCUUCACUGGCCCUCGGUGUGACCAGUGUAACCGAGGUUACCAUGGACGGUCCCCCAGCUGUGCUCGGUGUCAUCCCUGCUUCGAUUUGUGGGACGAGAAGGUGAAACAGUUAGGGGAGAGGCUGCGAGCUCUCAAGGAGGCAGUGCAUCGUCUCACCAUGUCUGGGGCAGCUGGAGCAGGGAACGACAGUCUCCAGGAGCUGGAGAAGAAGCUACAGCAUGUCGAGACACUGCUCCACGAGGAACCUCUCACCAGCGCCAGAACUCUGGACCAGCUGAACCGUCUGGCUGAGAGUCUCAGGAAGGAGAUGAAGCAACUGUCACAGAGGAUGGACACUCUGACAGAAGAUACAGCCAGGACCGAGGCGAAAAACAACAAAGCAGAAAGGGAUAUUAACCAGCUGGAGGAGGAAUCGAGGAUUCUCAACAUGUCACUCAUCGAGAAAACAAAGGAGCUGCAGAAAUUUAUCACGUCAAACUUCAAAGAGCUCUAUGAUUCAAUGCUCAAGUCUUACCAGGAAUCCUGUGAAGCUGAGAGAGUGGUGAACGGGUCAGUAUCUGGUCCACACAGCCCAAUUGUACAAUCAGAGGAUACAAGACAUGAAACAGAGAGACUCCUUCAGGAACAGGAAAAUACCUUCCGAAAGUCAAUGGCUGCUCAGAGGAAACAGCUGAAGGAUUUGGAGAAUAAAGUCAAGGAGCUAAUGGUGGAAAGCAUCAAUGAGAAGGUGUGUGGUUCGUCCAGGGGCCAGAGCUGCGAUACAGACCCGUGCGGUGGUGCCAAUUGUCAGGAUGAUGCGGGGAAUCGUCAGUGUGGAGGAGAGAGCUGCUCUGGGGCUCUCAGUGAAUCCAUGGAGGCCCUGCAGAGAGCAACCAACUCAACCAUCAUGCUGCAGGACAUUCAGAACCAACUCGACUCUGUCUCUCAAAGGAUUGAGGCGAUACACAGCCAAGCUGAAGAGGCUAAAUCUAAAGCUGCUGCUACACUGCAGAAAGCAUCCAACACAAAAAACCACAUCACCGCCUCGGUGGACGAUCUACGCAAAUUCAUUAAGGCGGUGAAAGACUUUCUCAAUGAGGAAGGCGCAGACCCAGAAAGCAUUGAACUGUUGGCCAACAUGGUCCUGAACAUCUCGUUCCCUGUCAGCUUGCUGGACAUUCGCAGGAUCCUGCAGGACAUUAAAGACACCAUGGCAAACAUCAAGGACGUCGACACAAUCCUCAACGACACAUCGCAAAAUCUACAGCUCGCUCAGCAACUGCUCCAACGGGCUGAGAAAGUGAAGAAUCGAGCUGCAGAGGUAAAUGGUGAUGUGACUGAUGUAAAACUCAAUGUCGAGGAUGCAAACUCCAAGCUGGCGUUAGCUGAGGAAUCACUGCAAAAGGCCAGGAAUAACACUGCUGCUGCUGAGGAUUCCAUCAAGAAGCUGGACACUUUUCUUAACUUGAUUGAGAGUCAACUAAUGAAAAUGAUGGAGCGAUUUGAAAACCUGUCCACUGGAGUCCAGAUGUUGGAAAAUCAAACCAUUGCCAACAGGAACAAGGCUCAAGACUUGCGAAGUGAAGUUUCUGCUAUUCGAAAGAGAACGAACCGACUGCACAAUAAUGACCUGAAGGAGGUGGAGAGGCGUUAUGAGGAGCUGAGAGACAAGAUCAGCUUGCUGGGUAAUGGUACUGAAGAUGGGAAUGAAAGAGCGAAGAAAAUCAAAGAGGAGGCUGAGAAACUGAGAAACCGGGCGACAGACAGCCUGCAAAAGCUGAACGCUUUGGAGAAGAAAUUUAACAGAAAUAAGCAAGUGAUGACAGCCAAGUUGGAUAUGUUGCAGGAUUUGGAACAGAAUGUCACAGAUCUGCUGGAAUACAUCCGGGAGAGGUCACAGUAUUACGGCUUUUGCUCAUAACGGAGGCUGGGGCCGUCAGUAGAUUCUCCUGUUUCUGUCUCUGAUUCAGCUUCUGUUCCUGAAUUUCUAUUUGGCAGCUGCUAUGACAGCUGAUAGUGGUGCCUCCUCUCUGCUAUUGACUGGGGUAUGACUGGCCUCUAUUGCCUCCCCACCCUGACGCCUGUGAAAAUGCCCAACAGUCAGCUGUUGGGCUGCAGUAGGCAUCGUAGCCUGUAGCCAGUUUCUACCUUGUUUCUUUGCUUACAGCUGAACCUUUUCCCAGACAGAAAUAUGUGGGCCCUGCGUUUUUGUUGAUUGUUGUGUCUGUCACACAUUGCUGUCUUUUUUUAAAAUACAAACUGUAGUUUGAAACAUUUGACACUGUUAAUUAUGGAGCAGAAUUGAGUCCAGCAUUCUCUUCAAAACCUGCCUCAAAGUGUCAAGUCAAUUAGUGCCUCACAAUUCCAUUUGGCUUUGGUUUUUCUCCAGGGUGGUUCCAUAACAGUGUCAAAGUCCACCCCACACUGCAGACUCUGCAUUUCAGCCUUUUACAUUGGGAUAGUCCGGUGGUGCUGAAUCCCUCUCCUGCCUGUUUAAUUUGAACACUGAGUGGACAGUAGAGGACAUUGCAGGUUACAUUCUGUUCAGUGACCCCAGCCUGCCCUACACAAACUCACAGGCAUGUACACCCUUCCCAGUGUUAGAGGACAGUCACAGGGGAACGAAUUUAGAUUAGAUUCCCUACAGUGUGGAAGAGUAACCCACCAGACCCAUCCCCCUCAACUAAUGCACCUAACACUAUGGGCAAUUUAGCAUGGCUAAUUCACCCUGACCUGCACAUCUUUGGACUGUGGGAGGAAACCCAUGCAGACACGGGGAGAAUGUGCAAACUCCAUACAGACAGUCGCCCGAGGAUGGAAUCGAACCUGGGACCCUGGUAUUGUGAGGCAGCAGUGCUAACCACUGAGCCACUAGGGGCUGGGAAUAUUUCAUCAGUCCUGAGGGUGGUGAGUGGGGACUUCUGUCUCCCUGCCUCCAAGCAGAUUUGAUCCAUUCAAGCUUCUCAUCAAACCGGGCCCUUUAAUUGAGGGAGGAGGCAAUUGUUUAUUUGGACCAUCACACCCAUCAAGUCUGAUCGCAGCCUGUGGAAUAUGUGGCACAUUCAACCAGAGGCCAAUAUAGCAAAGGUAUAUGUUACAUAGAAUAACACAGCACCGAGAGCUUGGCCAUUCUGCCCAGCUCUGAGCUGCUGUUUAUACUUUAUGAUGCUUGACUCUUAACUGCCCUUUGAAAUGGCCGACCGAGCCACUCAGUUCAAGGGCAACAAGGGAUGUGCAGUAAAUGCUGGCCCACUCAGUGACGCCCACAUUCUACGAACACAGAAAGUAAAUCCCCUCUUUGAUUUUCUUUGCCAACAGGCCCCUGGGUUUGUACAGGGACAGGGGAACUGAAAUGUAACUGUUCACUUGGGGAUUUCUUCUUGCCCUGUGUUUACUAAUGUUUUUCCAUGAGAUAAUAUAAACCUGUAAACAUCUCUCAAACCUUAUCCCACAGCUCUCAGCGAACCUGUGGCAUUUACUGCAAUGAAAAUACUGCUCUGUUACAUUGUAUUCAGGAAGUUGGGAGAGAAAGGUAUUUGGUUUUACACAUCAUUGCAGACAGACAGUGGACUGCAAUGCUCCAACCACAUUAAACCAUAAAUAAAAUGACUAUUUUUAAAUAAA